AAGAAACAAAAAGAAACGAAGAAAGGGAAACAAAUGGGAAAGACAUCAACAAGUAAUGGCAGCGCGAAUGGAAAGGAAGAGGCAUCUCAACAAGAAAAACAGACAAGAUCAACUUUAUUUGAUGCUAGUUUAGAAGCAUUAGACCAAUUAUUUAGAGAAAGUAGCGCUGAAGAUAUUUUACAGUUAGGGCCCAGACCCGAACUGGUAAGAUUAAGUUUAGAAAAGAGAAGUUUUUGCACAUUGAAGCUUGGAAUGACACCUCUAGCCAUGGCAGCAUCUGUUGGAAACGUAGAAGCGGUGACCAAACUUCUGGCAGCGGAUGCAGAUGUCAACGAAAAAUCAAAUUUGGAUGCAACGGCGCUGAUGCAAGUUACGCGUAGUAAGAAUUUAGAUAUAGCCGAACUACUUUUAAAAAGUGGCGCGAGUCUUACUCAGACAAACAUUGAUGGUGAUAAUGCCUUCAUGUUAGCAGUGUCUACUGGUGAUGCUAAACUCAUCAACAUGAUGUGGCCAUAUAAAGAUUGCUUAGAUAUAAACCAUCAUAAUCGGAUGGGUAAUACAGCUUUACAUUUAGCAGCAGAAAAGAAAUGGGACACGUGUAUACAAUUCUUGUUGUUGAACGGCUCUGAUGUGGGCUGGACACCACUGUUUACUGCUGCAACAUUGGGAGAUUUAAAAACAGUAGAACGAAUAUCCAACGCUGGUUCCGAUUUAUUAAUAGAGGAUACGUCCCGUGUUGAUAGACUGCUAGAACCAGAUGAAGUAACUAUCAAUGGAAUUACCCAAUACUACGAUGAGGUUCUCUACCCAGUCCUGCUACAUCUUUGUAAAUACGACCACCUGCGAUCAGCAUUGAAGAGUUCCAGAUUAAUCCAACAUCUUGUUAGCAUCGCCUAUAGAUAUAUUGAACACAGCCAGGUUGUUGCCCAAAGUUGCUUCAUCUGUACCAUGCUGAUGUUCCGCUAUUCUUCUGGAACAGAUGAACGGUUUGUCAGUCAGUUCCAAGCAGCAAGUGGUCCGGACUUUAUUCUCCACGCCCUGGGCGUUUUUGAUAGUUAUCCCGGUGGUUUAGUCGCUGAAACGGAUGUUACCACGAAUUGUUUUCUGAGUUUCCUUCCCUUGACGGAAUCCUCUAAAGGACAAGCGUGGAUCAAACAGAACUCCCUUCGUUUAUCAACUUACAUAGAAAUCGCAAAGAACAUGAACAUGUUCUCCAACCACAUCAUGGACGAAGGUUGUAAAUUUAAGUUCAAGAUGAUGUGGAAGCAGUUUAUAGCUCAGUAUGAGUCAGCAAUCAGGGGUCACCGGGAAUAUAAUCUGGUAAAUUUACUAGAGGAAGAAGAACGUGAAAAAGUUCUCAAAGAUAAGAAACGAGAUCGCCGUAAGAUGAAGAAGCUAAACAAGAAACAGACAAUACAAGAAGAGCCUGAAGAUAAAUCAUUAUCAGGAAGCUGUUCUUCUGAAAUAUCAAUUGACUCUUCCUUUGAUGAGAACAACCAUUCUAAAUUUAACCCACAAUCAGAGGAACCCCCCAGUGGAGGAGGUACCGGUAGUCUCGAAAAAUGCGAUAACCUGGAGACCGAGUCUGAAUACAACUGUAAUGUGAUCAAUGCGAAUGAUAUCGACAUCCAAAUAAGUCUUCCCACUUUCACAGAAGAUGAAGACAAGAGAUCAGAAUGGGUAAAAGUUAGCAGUACCAAGAAACCCCUUACUACAAAAACAGCUGCUCCCAAACCACAACCCCUGCUUCAGGUCAAAACCACCAAACCUGAUCAACCCAAACAACCUGAUAAGCGUCAGACUAAACCCGAUAAACCCCCAGGCGUUGAGAAAACGAAAACGGCUGAUAGUCAUAAAAGUUGGGCUGAUAUUGCCAAAGGUAACACCACAGCAUCAACGACACCGGAUUCGAGUCCAAUUAUAAAGACCGCCCAGCCUGCUCUGGAACCAUUCGCAACAAUUGUCAAACAAGGUCUAACACCACCCAAAGCAAGUAGCCCCGACCUGAUUAAACCCACGUCACCCGUCGGACAUUCGACGCCUGUAAAGCAAAAUGAAUCCAUUGUCGAAUCCCUUAAAGUUGAGAGCAGUGAAUACUACCAAGACUUCCCAUCGCUUAAGGGCGAAGAGACGGAGUCUAUUUGGGGCCCCUGUAUCAUUGAACCUAAUCAAUCAAAGUCUGCCAAACCAACCCACAGUCCGGAAUAUGUCCCCAAAGCAUUGUGGAGAGAAACAUCCCCAGCAGAUACUUCGUUUGGUGCUCAGUUGGACAAAGAAUUAGCCGAAGAGAGUUCGGUGCCUCCAGGAUUUGAAAAACAACCACAAGAAGAGGUGGUUGAUUGGUGGGACGGCAUGGGGACAUUACAAAUCACACCACCGCCAUUUCAACCAUCAUUUGUUUAUCAGGAAAAUCAGAUUACAGUCCCUCAUGAACCCCCAGUAUCCGUGCCUCCUAACGUUUUUUCUACACAAAACAACAUGCCAAAUCCGCUUUUUAAUCCAAGUCAUAAUGACCGGUCUUUAAACCAAGUUUCAAUUAAUCCAACUGUCCAUCAGCAACCAAUUAAUAUGUUUCCUAAUCACCCAAUGUCUCCACCCAACACUUCUAGUCUGCGUAAAGAUGAGAACCCUUAUCAUCCGAAACCUAAUACUGAUAAUCUUCCCAUGUCCAACCAUAAUCUUCCUAUGUCCAACAAUAAUCUGCCCAUGUCCAACGAUAAUCUUCCUAUGUCCAACCAUAAUCUUCCUAUGUCCAACAAUAAGCAUCCCAAACCUAAUACUGAUAAUCUUCCCAUGUUCAACGAUAAUCUUCCUAUGUCUAAUAAUCUUCCCAUGUCUAAUAAUCUUCCCAUGUCCAAUAAUCUUCCCAUGUCCAACGAUAAUCUUCCCAUGCCCGGAGGGGUAGUUAAUUCAAUAAUGCUAAAUGAUGGUACUAUUUUAAACUUCAACAUGCCGAAUAACUUUAAUGGGUAUCCUAAUAUUAACCAACAGUUUCCUGCGAAUGGUCCAGCUCAUUUGAACGACCAACGAAUGGAGCAUGUUUAUAACCCAGUUCAAACACCUGUUAACUAUGCAUCUGCAACAAUGAUUGAUCCGCAAGCUAAUAUCUACAUGGGUGACCCAAAUAUUCCUUCCCGGUCAAUAAAUCCUUACGAAGGUGUGAUCCCACCUCCGACAUAUCCUUGGCCAGAUCGAAAACAGGAAUACGACGAUUAUAUGGAACAAAUGUGGAAUAGUGCUAUGCUCCUUCCAUCAGUUUUUCAACUGCCGAGGUAUCUACGUGAAUCGGUGAUGCCUGGACAGUGUCCAUCAGACACGGUUCUCUACCCAGCAUCUCUCAGGGACGACGAACAGCGGGAUCCGGAAACUAGUUCCGAUUAUUCCACUCAGAGUUCCGAGAACACGGACACCUUCCCGUCCUUCCAUGACGGUAAAGAUCUUCUGUCCACAAAUUUCCUCUUUGAAGAGUUGACGAAAGAGCAGAUCAGACAACAGAGUAAGAAGCUAUCCAGUAAUCCUGAUGGGAAAGACAACCUCUACCACAGCGACUUAGAUUACUAUAGAUCGCUGUAUGGCCUCAUGAAAGAGGAUGCUAGAUCCAAGGCAGAAGCAGAGAGGUCGUCGUCACCGAUUCCUGAAUGGGCGACAGAACCACAUAAUCCUGAUUAUGAAAUUCAGACCGCACCUUUUCUGGAGAAUGUCUGCGACUCAGCAGAUUUCAGAAGAGAUGAAGCAGUAUCAUCACCACCACCUCAACCAAACCUAGUAAGUCGUCGAUGGAAGAGUAAAUUGGAAGAAAUCAAGUUGCUACCAACAACAAUGAGACGCCAUGUUGGAGACAUAGUGAUGCCUGUUCAAUCUGCUAAAUAUAAUAUCAAUCUAAAUGGAAAUUCCGUUGUACUUGGUUAUAUGAAGAAUGGAGCAGAAAUAGCGGUUAAAGUUAUAGAGAGCAAGCAAUCAAGAUUAAAUCAUCAACUUAUUGAUAAACUUAAUUCACCAAGCAUGAAACAUCAUUUCCUUCUUAAAUAUUUGACGAUAGAGAGGAGUGGUAAUAAACUGUAUUUAGCAUCAGAACUGUGUGAUUAUACUCUAGAGGAAUAUAUUCAUAUUGUUGGUUUGAGUCAUCAACACGAUCCUCUAUCAGCCAAUAAACUCUCCUGGCAACUACUUAAAGGACUGAACUAUUUACACACAGAGCUUGGUAUCAUCCAUGGUAAUAUGAAACCUCAGAAUAUAUUUGUCGAUUUUGAUGGUAAAUUAUGUCUGGGUGGAUAUGGUGUUGAUAAACUUCACAGAUUAAACAGAAUGUCCACAAAACCAUGUAAAAAAGCUGAUGAACGAUUAUGGAAAGCGAGUGAAUGUUUAUCAGAUAAUGAAGAUAUUGAACCAACAACAUAUUCAGAUGUUCAGGUGUGUGGUAUGUUGAUAUACUAUAUAUUAACUGGUGGUAAACAUCCUUACGGUGAAAAUCCUUACGAGAUCGAGGUGAACAUUUGUCAGAACUGGGGACAGAUGAUGUUUAUCAGUGAAGAAGCCAAUGAUCUUACAUCCGCCAUGUUGUUCUCGGAUAUUACAGCAAGACCAACUAUUGAACAGUGUUUAGGGCACCCUUUCUUCUGGUCUGAUGAAAAGAGAUUUCGACUGAUAUUGAUAGCUGGUUCCGAUGUGUUGAAAGAGAUGAAGACUGGAAUGGCUGUUACCGGAACCGGUUCUACUACUAUGAUAGAUUUCCUUAAUGUUGUUCCUACUGAUGACGUCAGCGAGGAUUGGAUGUCUGAUUUAGAUCCAGUAGUAUUAAAGGACAUGAGAUCAUUUCGUCAGUAUAAAAACACACUAGCUGAAUUAGUUCUAUUUCUUUACAAUUGCUGUCUUCACUUCGACAAAAUGUCGCCUUCCGCAAGAGAAGUAAUGGAUGAUCCAUGUCGAUAUUUUCUAACUAAAUUUCCUCAUUUAUUUAUGGCUGUAUAUCGAGCUAUUAAAGUAUCGGAUCGGACCAACAGAACCUGCUAUAAACCAUUUUAUUUAUACUGCUGUUAAAACAGAAAAACUUCUGGGCAAUUUGGAUUUAGGUAAAGGCCUAUUUAAAAUUCGGAAUCCAAAAAUAUUAGCCUUCGUUAACUAUGUAUACUUUUUAUGGAUAAUGGCUGUUAAAACAGAAUAACUUUCAGUAAUAAGUUAAGGCCACUGGGCCAUUUGGAUUUGAAUAAAUGCCUAUUAAAAUUUCGGAAUCCAACACUAUUAGCCUUCAUUUACUAUGUAUAAUUUUUAUGGAUAAUGGCUGUUAAAACAGAAUAACUUUCAGUAAUACGUUAAGGCCCUUGGGCCAUUUGGAUUUGGGUAAAGGCCAGUUAAAAUUUCGGAAUCCAACAAUAUUUUCUGUGUGUUGUACUAUAUAUAAUUUAAUUUUGAUCAAUAGUGGCUUAUGGAAAAAUAUGUACUUCGAAUUUAUACUUUUACACCAUUUGUCUUUCACAUUUUGUAUAGCAAUUUACUAAAUAAUACAUGUAAGCUUAACUUAUUAUACAAUAUUUUAUUUAUUUUUAUAAUAUUUACACAAAACUAUAUAUGUAUA